GAUCCGUGGUGGCCGCGCAUACGCGGUUGCUAGUAGACCUUAAUCACGUACGCACAAGUGCUAGUAGAGCAUGUUAUACAAUUGCGGGGAUAGCUAAUUAAAUAACGGAGCCCAUAUGACCCUAGGGGUCAUCUAUGGUCCACUAAUUUUUCGCGAUACGGCCACGUGAACAUAUGAACCGACUACUGAUCAGUGUCCAGUCGAAGCUACGACCAGCGAAGACGACAGGUAAAAGAGAACCUUGUUGGUAAGUACGAAAACGCCUCCCACCACCCAACCCCUUGACACCAGAACCGAGAAUGGGCACAUUUCCAUAACAAGGGCAAUGAAGAACAUUUACGUACUGUAUCUGAUUUUCGUGUUUGGAUGUCUACUGUUAUCAUUGUCCUUGACACAUCUGCGAGGACCCUUCAAGCAAAGUGCAGCAAACACGUGUGAAUGUGGAAAGUCAACAUUAGACCCGAUGGACACGAAAUUUACUCCAAAUGAUGAAAAUUCCCCCCAAUUUGUCUACCUUAUCCAAGGUGCGUCAAUGCAUGCUAUACAAGGACUCAAUGCUACACCUAAUCGGGAAAUAAUCUGGUUGACCUUCAGAGACAGAACAGGGGAUAUCUACUUCCCCAAUAGUACUCACGGCGAGGGUCGGAACCGGCUGCUGACAGAAGCGAUCGACCGUGCGGCUGAGAGAAAAGAUGGAGGCUAUUUGUACUACGUAUUUCUCGACGAUGAUGUGGAGCUCGUGUCCGUUAACUUUGCGAACAUAAGUUGGCGAACAGAUUUACCUGAAAACCCUUAUGAUCGCUUUGAAGAAUUUCUGCUUGAUUAUGAACCGGCAGUGGGAUACCCUAGACCAAUAACUUUUCACACUGGGCCUAAUAGCACAGUGGGAUUAUCUUACAACUUUGAUGCAAUUAUCAAUGCGUUUCAUCGUCACACGCUUUCUUUCUUGCUCCCGUACAUAACGGAUUUAGAUCACGUGUCCUGGUGGUUCGCCCAAUGGUUUAUUAUGCACACAUCUGCGGCGUUUUAUAAUUCAUAUCGUAUAUUCACCCACGUUGUACACAUGAAGAAUCCAAGAUUACACUGGCACAACAAGUUAAAGGGAGCCUACACCGAUUCCAGCAAUUUUUCCAUUCCGCGAGAUUAUUAUCGAACGUGGUUUGACAAGAACAAGAGGGUAAAUACCGUCAAAUGGGGCUCAGCUUCGUUGUUAACGACUUUUAACCGUCCACCGAUGUAUCUUUUAAUGAAAGGUAGGCCAAUGGAGAAAAAUAAUAUGGAAUACAGAGUGUCUACACGAUUUAUAACCACUGUAUUUAAUACUUCCCACCCGUCUGUUCAGCGAAUAAUACAAUGGAGAAAUAUACCAAUGUAAGGAAAAUUCUCUAUGGAAAUGACAAGACUGAACCUGAAUUCAUUCCAGACGUUUAUUACUUGCGUUAACUUGGAUUAUAUACGUUGCGGGUCGUCUGCCUUUAAUACUGAGCGCAAUAACUAGCUAUUCUGGAAAUAUUAAUUCUAGAAAAACCAAUAUAAAAACAGGAUUCUAUUGUAUACCGACCACGAUAAUCUUAAGGGAGCGUUCAGAUGAACCCAUCGCUCUAGUUGAAUCGAUCCAACUCUGGGGGAGAUUCUCCCUAUAAGUGCUAUCAUUGUAAUCUGCUUUAAUGUCUGACACGCCUCCUCGCGUUGCUAGGGGUAAUCAUCUAAUUCAAUAGCGGUCUAAAGCUGUUGAAUACUUAUUAUUUGGUACCACGGGCUUCCAUUCCUAGAAUACAUUUUGUACUGUCACAUCAGCUGUAUCGCUUUAGUUGACACCCAAUGUGAAAAGGGUCUAGUUUUUUUCAACCACAUUUUUUUAUUAUUAAAGUGACUUUCACCUGCCGUUAGAUACAUUAUUACACACGUUAUUUGUAAACCUCAAUAAAUA